AUGGCUCCCUCAAACCCACUCGCUAAUUGGGAGCGCCUCGGGGAUAGCUUCUACCGGAAAGUCCCCAUCUACGACGCCAUAUUCGACGAAGACCUGGAGCUAGACAACUACAUUCUCGCAGGUGCUCCGUAUGGCGGGGCCUUGGCACUCCAUCGCGAUGAGAGCAAACCGAUGCGGUUUCGGGAUGCGCAUACGGCCCGAUCAAGUAUCGACAUCUACUCCUGCUCUGGAAAACCGAUCAACCAGAUCAAUUGGGAACAUGGUGCAGUUAGAGGACUCGGAUGGUCCGACAAGGAAGAGUUGUUGGUCAUCACCGAAGACGGUACCGUCCGUCGCUACUUUGGCCUACAUGGCGAUUUCACCACAUUUUCCCUCGGCAACGGUGCGGAAGAGUACGGUGUGAGGGCCUGCCGGUUCUGGACCUCCGGUUUUGUCGCCUUGCUCUCGAAUAACCAGCUUAUCGCGGUAUCCGGCUACGAAGAGCCUCGCCCAAAACUCCUCGCGCCUUGUCCGGAAGGAGAGGUAUCCUCGUGGUCGCUUAUUCCUCCGUCUUACACUCUCUCUCGGUCGGUGGAGGUACUCUUGGCUGUUGACAAGACGAUCUACAUGGUGGACCCAACGGAGGCCGAGGACAAAGUCCUUCAGAAUGGCCCGUUCAAGCAUGCGAGCGUUUCCCCAACGGGGAGGUUUGUGGCGCUUUUCACAGCCGAAGGCAAGGUCUGGGUGGUGAGCAGUGAUUUCCAAAGCAAGUACAGCGAAUAUGACCCGGAGUCGCGAGUUGUCCCGAGGUCGGUAGAAUGGUGUGGCGACGAUGCGGUUAUCAUUUCUUGGGAAGAUGAGGUCCACCUCAUCGGACCGAACGGGGUGGCUGCUAGGUACUAUUACGAUGGUACCGUACAUGUCGUCCCCGAGUUUGAUGGCGUACGCUUAAUCACGAACGACACUUGCGAGUUCUUACACAAGGUUUCCGAUGUAACCCAGGAGAUCUUCCGGCUCGGCUCGACGUCUCCCGCUUCUGUGCUUUUGGAUUGUAUCGACCUUCUGGAAAAGAAGUCGCCCAAGGCCGAUGAAAACAUACAGCGCAUCCGAGCCAGCUUACCGGAGGCUGUGGACGCCUGUGUCAAGGCUGCUGGUCACGAGUUUGACACAUACUGGCAGAAGAGGUUGCUCAAAGCCGCGUCGUUCGGUAAAUCGGUGCUUGAUCUAUACAACAGCGAUGAAUUUGUGGAGAUGACGGAGAAGUUGCGCGUUUUAACAGCGGUCCGCGACUUCCAGAUCGGCCUUCCCAUUUCGUAUGAGGAGUACAUGCGUUUGACCCCGGAGCGGCUGAUCGAUCGGUUGAUUAAUCGACACGAAUAUCUCCUUGCGAUUCGGAUUUCCGAGUAUUUGCAAGUUGCCGCCGACAGAAUCUACGUUCACUGGGCAAGCCAAAAGGUCAAGGUAUCGACCGUGGACGACGAGGCCGUCUGCAAACUGAUCGUGCAAAGACUGGAAGGAAAGCCGGGCAUCUCGUUUGAAUUGAUCGCGCAGGCCGCGUACGACGAGGGACGCUCCCAUCUGGCGACUGCACUGCUGAACCACGAACCGCGGGCCGGAAAGCAAGUUCCAUUGCUGUUGAGCAUGGAGGAGGAUGAGAUCGCGCUCGACAAGGCUAUCGAGAGCGGAGACGACGAUCUUGUGAACUUUGUGCUUUUGCACUUGAAGACCAAGCUCCCGCUCAGCAGUUUCUUCCGCAUGAUAAAUACACGGCCCAUGGCGUCCGCGCUUGUGGAGACAAACGCGCGGGUGGAUGACACGGAGCUGCUCAAAGACCUCUACUACCAGGAUGACAGGCCGAUUGACGGCUCCAAUGUGCUGCUCGCAGAAGCGUUGGAUAAGACAGAUUUGAUGCGCAAGACCGAGACGGUCAAUCUUGCGACGCGACUACUCGCUGAUUCCAAGGAUCCUACCGUGGUCCUGCAGCAAAAACUCCUCACCGAAGCGUCCCAGUUACUGAAGAUCCAAGAUGGCCUCGAUAAGGACCUCGCGGAUCGAACUGAAUUCCUAGGAUUAAGUUUGAACGAGACGGUCUACAGGUUGGUCCGCUCAGGCUACGGCAAACGUGCGCACAAAUUACAGGGCGAGUUCAAGAUGCCGGAUAAGACAUAUUGGUGGUUGAGAUUGAGAGCACUAGUAGCGAAACGUGAUUGGGGUGAACUGGAAGAACUCGCCCGGGCCAAAAAGUCGCCCAUCGGAUGGGAGCCUUUCUACAAUGAGAUUCUCGGUGCAGGAAACACCAAACUUGCAUCGUUAUUCGUCCCCAAAUGCACCAACCUGUCCGCUGCGGAUAAGGUAGACAUGUGGGUAAAAUGUGGAAUGGUCGUGAAAGCAGGAGAAGAAGCCUUUCGGGCCAAGGAUGUCAACACCCUUGAGCUCCUGCGGGCAAGAGCCUCGGGGCCAGCCGCGAGCGAGAUUGAGCGAAUGAUCAAUCAGCUAAGACCGAGAAAAUAG